AGAGACCUCCGCCGAGUCGCUGCGCGCCCCCGCGACUGUACGGCGCUAAUUUAGAUAGUUUAUUAUCAGAAACCCCCCACGGGAAUAAAUCCAUGUUAUUGCACCCAAACGGACGACGGGAAGUCAAGAACUCGGACAGCAGUGGACAGGAGCGCGGAGAGCGCCUUUUACGACCUGUUGGAAGCGUAAAAUCUGGUUCCGGAGGUGAUAUUUGUUCUGUCAGGAAGUUUGACGUAUUUGUUGAAGAUUAUUUCUCGCUUUGUUUUGAUUGUGAAAAGUUGUGGACGACCGUCGGCUACAGCCACUGCACGACAACUUAGUGAUUCUGUCACUGGAAAUACACUUUAGUAUUUAACAAUUAUGAUGAAACUUUUAUUUUUUUAUUAUUAUUAUUAAUUCUAUAUUUUUUUAUCUCAUGAAUACUGCAGGAUGCACAAGCUUUCUGAAGACCAAACAUUCUUUGACACAAUCAACCAGCCAAUUAGUGUUAAUUAAUGUUUCAUGGCUUUAUUUUUGUGCAGUUUUUUCCUGUUUGUUUAGUUUUAUGCGCUCUGUGAAUUAAACUCAUAAGGACAUUUGCUUUAGGCCAGGCAGGCCUUGAGGUUUGUUUGUGUUUUACAUGAUUGGGGUUUUGCAUCUUCAUCCAACUGGCAAAACAAUGGAGUUAUUUGCAGUUCAGGCACGAGAAGAAAACAUCUUCAGUCUGGAAUAGUUUGGACCCAAACCUGCAAAACAGACGGGGCAAAUCUGCAAAGUUAGCAGGAAGAGGCCAUUGAAACCACGGAAAUCGUCCGCUCUUUCCCUCUGGCGAGCUGUACUCUCUCAAAUGACUUUCACGCAGGCCAAACGGUCCUUAUUGCGCUCCGUCGUGUAGUUUUUGUUGGGUUUUUAACAUGCUCACGAAACACCGUGGACCUGAAAGCGCAGACAUCCGGAGAGACUUGUGAAAAUGUUUUGGAAAUUUGAGUUUUCCAAAGAUCCGAGGCUGCAGCGGUGCAGGAGUUCUCCUCUGGGCCACAGCUGGAGCAGCUGGAUGUAGAUGCUUUUCCACAGGAGUGUUUUUAUCUGCAGGUUUCACAUCUGACUCCGUCUUUUUUUUUUCAUUAUUAUUAUAAUUUUACAUUUUUUAACCACUUUGGAAAGACUGCUGUGGAGACUGUGUCCUUAAGUUUCCGUGGAAGAAGACAAGCCCCCUUUGGCUGGGGGAAGCAUCCCCUCCAUGGGGCCCUGGGACCUGCUCACCGGUGGGUUUUAUAUCUAAACCUCCAUCCAUGGACGUGAAUCUCACCUGGACUCUUGUCAUCACCGCCCUGUGACACCGGUGACAGGUGUGUGUGGUCUGCUGCAGACCUGAGACAACAGGUGAACUACUGACCUUUGCACGCUGUAAGUGGUUUGGCACUGCAGGGACUGAAGUCUGAAGACUGGUUUUGUCGGACCACGCACGCAAACACCGUCAGAAUGAAUGAGAGGCAGGCCCUCCACUCUAUAAUGAAGGACCUGGUUGCCCUCCAGAUGACGCGGCGCCAGUCCAUGUUGCCUCAUGACAGCGGCAAACCAAAGACAUCUACGCCGGCUAACAGACAGGACGACGUCCGGAUAAAGUUUGAGUAUUCAGGAGAGAGGAGGUAUGAAUCUGUCUUGACCUGUCUGUCUGUGGGAUUUCUUGCUUCUUUGCGCAGGAUCUUGAUGUUUGGGAGGCCUGUGCAGUUUGAGGAAAUUCACCAGAAAGUCAAGAGCGUCUUUGGCCAGCAGCUCGACCUUCAUUAUAUGAACAAUGAGAUGUCCAUCCCUCUGCGAGGUCAGGAUGACCUGGAUAAAGCUAUCGACUUGCUGGACCGGAGCUCCAACAUGAAGAGCAUUAGGAUACUGCUCCUCAGCGAGGAGCACAGCAAUGCCUCAUCCCCCUCCCAUCAUGUGCCGUGUAAGCAGGUGAGGAUCAAGUCCUCCCAGUCCACUGGAGACGUUAGUACGGCGUACCAAUCCCCUGAGCCCAGGGGGCGCCACCUAUCGACAGGUUCUCAGAACACAGGGCGGAGUUCGCCGCCCCCCGGCUACGUGCCUGAGCGCCAGCAGAGGAUCGCCCGCCAAGGUUCAUACACCAGCAUCAACAGCGAGGGAGAAUUCAUCCCUGAGACAAGCGAUCAGUGUGUGCUGGAUCCUUGGAGCAGUGCAGAAAAUUCAGUUUCUGGAAGCUGUCAGUCCCUGGACAGCAACUCAGACAGCCCAUCGGUGAGGAAGUCUCGCAUGCACAGAGCCAAGAGUUACCCGGAUAAUCGUCAAGAGUGCUCAGACAGGGAGAAUCACGUGUAUGACAGGGUGGCAGGGAAGGGCGGCACCUAUCCCCGCAGGUACCACGUCUCUCUGCACUGCAAGGACCACAGUGAAGGCCGUCGAACAUUUCCACGUAUUCGCCGCCCCCAGGGGAACCUGUUCACGCUGGUGCCCUCGCGGCGGUCGCUCAACGGCAGCGAGGAGAGCCUGGGCAGCUGGCAGCUGGUGGACGCUCAGGGCCGGCUGCGUCCGCAGGAUCGCUCGGUUCCCCACAAAUCGCCCAGCGCCCCCGUGACAUGGCGCCGGGGGAAGCUGCUCGGCCAGGGAGCUUUCGGUCAGGUUUACCUGUGUUACGAUGUGGAUACUGGGAGAGAGCUGGCGGCCAAGCAGGUCCAGUUUGAUCCCGGCAGCCCUGAAACCAGCAAGGAGGUCAGUGCUUUGGAGUGCGAAAUCCAGCUCCUGAAGAAUCUGCAUCAUGAGCGCAUUGUUCAGUACUACGGUUCUUUGCGGGACCACAAUGAGAAGACCCUCACUAUCUUCAUGGAGUACAUGCCUGGGGGUUCGGUCAAAGAUCAGCUGAAAGCUUAUGGAGCGCUGACAGAAAAUGUUACCCGGAAGUACACCAGACAGAUCCUGGAGGGCAUGUCCUACCUGCACAGCAACAUGAUUGUACACAGAGACAUCAAAGGUGCCAACAUCCUGCGGGAUUCAGUGGGCAACGUGAAGCUUGGAGAUUUCGGUGCCAGCAAGCGGCUCCAGACCAUCUGCUUGUCUGGCACCGGCAUCCGCUCGGUAACCGGCACCCCCUACUGGAUGAGUCCGGAGGUGAUCAGUGGAGAGGGCUACGGCAGGAAGGCUGAUGUCUGGAGCCUUGGUUGUACGGUGGUGGAGAUGCUCACCGAAAAACCUCCAUGGGCGGAAUACGAAGCUAUGGCAGCAAUAUUCAAGAUCGCCACCCAACCCACCAACCCACUGCUUCCCACGCACACCUCGGACCAGGCGCGGGACUUUAUCCGCUGCAUCUUCGUGGAGGCCAAACACAGGCCCAGUGCCGAGGAGCUGCUCAGACAUCCCUUUUCCCAGAUUCUGUGCUGAGACUCUUCCGGUUUUUCUACUGUAGCGCAAAAGCCUUGCAGAAGCGUCUGCAGCCUCCACGAACCCCUUCAGGGGCAGAAACGACGACAUUGGCGUGACCUACAUGUCACAGCCAACCGAUCCUCAUCCACCACUGAAAUGGACCAAAGAAGUCCCGCUCCUCCUCCCAUCUGAAAUCAAAAUAACGGGCAGUAUUUCCACCUCCGUGCCUUGGAAAGCUGUUGUCGGUAUGUGCUCUUGCGAGAGUGUCCACAAGGGGGAAACACAGAACAAGUAUCUGAGGGGCUGCUGAUCCUUAAAGGAUGGAAACACAGGCUUCAGGGGCAGCGUUAUCAACUUCUACUUCAUGCACCAGCUCUGACCACUCCUGUGUUUACAUUCACUCCUCGUACAGUUAAGGACCAGGAAACAUUCAAAUGUCUGAUAUUCAUACAUUUCGCUGUGCUCCGAUUUUAAAGCUGCAACGGGCCUCAGGCCUGAAGCUCAACUGCACAGGAGGUGUUUAACACCUCUGGUGUACAAGGAUGGUUUUGCUUUUUCUUUUUUUUUUUUAAGUGCUCUCAAACUUCCAGUCUUUAAGCUACUUGUGAUUCCUAUAUGCUUGUGAGUGUGUGAGUGUGUGUAUGUGUGAGUGUGUGUAUAAGUCUCUCCAGAUUAAGACAACAUGAAUUACUGAAGUUCUCAUCAGUUACUAUCACAGAUAGACCAUAAUUUGUGGCAACCACUAAAUUGUUUAUUCUAUGAAAUACUUUUAUAUUUUAGCAAAUCUUAGGGUCCCUCUGUUACUGGUGUUUCACAUAAUUGUUUAAAUUUAGCAAAUGUGUUCGCAACGUCCAUAGUUUUAAGCGAAAUAGAACUUCAACAUGAAAAAGGAGAAUUUCUUACUGUGAAGCACACGGUUGUUUUUAUUUAUUUAGUUUUUCUCAUCCAGACAGUUGGAGUAUUUUCUGAUCAUGGCAACAUCUUUGGUUUGUCAAAGAUUUUUGAUAGUUAUUUCAACGCAUUAGAGACACAAACUGGUUCAGUGCACGUUCAGGCGUUGUCAUUUUGUGUCUCAACUGUCACUAUUGAUGCACUCCUUUCUGUUAAACUCUGUAAGGAAUUGACAGAAAUUAAGCGAAACUGUUGAUUUCAGUACAGAAGUUGGAUCAAAUAAUAUUUCACGGAGUGAAAACAACCUGCAACAGAAGCAGAGAAUGAGUGUGAAUGUAUCUGCUUUUAUGUUUUCCUCUUGUUUUUUCUUCUGCUGUGCUGUGACGUCUUCUAAAAGCCCUCCUGCUCUCAGCCUUCAGGAUCUGCUCAAGUGCCAAAACAGGGACGGAGCUAACGCUGCCCUGCAGACUUAACCAGCAAAAUAUCGAAAGCAGAUUAUAGUCGUGGUUACGGUUUGAACAAACGAACGGCCUUACAUGGAGACAACUGUCCUGUCGUCGGUAUUUAACUGUUCAUGUGCGUCUGGCCCAAAAAUCCCUGACUGAGAAGCUCUAGCUUCAGGAUCAAUUUAAAUCAGAUGCACUUUUAUGUAAAAUGAAUGUUUUGGCUUUUUUUUUUAUAGAAAUGUGAAGAUUGGUUCACUUUUAUUUAUGUCCCCAUCUCCUUCCAAGUAGAUGUUGUAAGGAAAUAUAAUGUAAAGAUAUAUUUUUUAUAUUCAGACCGUAUCAAAUCAAUUGAUACUAUUCAGGACUUAGAAAAUCAUUGAAAGCAGCUGGUUUUGCAGACGUAACAGAAGUGAGUUUUAUGACUAAGGCAUGGGUGGAAGACUAACUCUGGCUGCCUGGCUCUUGCUCCGGUGCAGAAAAAAGGACAGUAUUAACCUGACAGGUGAUGAAAACUUUGCAUCUGUGGUCCUACUGCUUCACAACAUCGAUGCAAACUGGUGAAUAGAACCUUUAAAGGCCAAACGUUUGGACUCGGUGCUGUGGGCGUGUGCAAGCCAAAGACAAGCGGGAUCAGAGCCAGCGGUGCGUGUCAGAGUUCGCUGUUCAACCCACCAGACGACUUUGUUUAUCCCAGGGUUCAGACGUCAUAUGCAGUAUUAAAAAAUAGUCUUUCUAGGCGAGGGGCUUUGCUGUUUCCUCCGUGCUGAGAGUAACAUGUUUCUGUGGGGAUGCUAAAGGGAGCCUGGCAAUGUUCAGUGUUGAAAAUGAUGCUUUUAUUUUUGUAAAAAAGAAAUGUAGGACUACCCUGGGAUAAGCAAAUGAACAUAAGCUAUCUGUAGAAAUCUAUGUAUGUAAAUGUACAAGAUGUAUUGACAAGACUUGCAGUGCAAAGUCUAACAUUUCAAAUUUAUUUUACAGCAAAAAUAGAAUAUAUAUUAUAUGUAUACAUGUGUAUGUCAUGUUCCU